AAUGGUUUUCAUUUUCACGUGUUUCGCCCACUUUUUCUCACAAAUUAACGUUGUACUGUCGGCUGUUAUAAUGCAUUGGCAAAUGAUUCCAUAUUAACAUUUCCAAAUGCAGUUUGUCCAGAUUUUACGCACGUUUUUCAAGAUUUGGCAGCAUUAAGAAGCAUUUGGCUCGAUUCCUUGCAGCUAUAUUGAUGAUAUCUUGCCAUUUCUCUUACAAACUCAAUCUGCAAGGCAGCAUAAUUUUCUUCUACAAUCUGUGUCAGCAUCAAUCAAAAGACAAUCGCAACGAUGGUGAUUACAGUGCUGUUCAACAUUGUACUUGGUUUUAUAGUUUUUCUCUCUGUUUUUAUGAAUGUCCUCAUGCUGGUAAUUUUAAGAAAGACUGGUAAAAUACGCAAGGCCAUUGGUGCCAAAAAUAAUCUACUCAUGAACUUGGCAAUCGCGGACCUCAUACAAGCGUUACUUGGUUAUUCUGUGCAAUUCGUCGAUAGCCUUUUAUCCACUCACAACUUGAACUUUUGUACCGUAAGCGGUUUUGCGAUCACGAUGUGUGGACUCGUCUCCUUGACACUUUUGACUAUGCUUUCUUUUGACAUUUCUUUCCACAUUUGCCGUCCUUUUAAAAGCAUGCUGUAUGAAGAUAGAUUGCCGAUCAUUCUCCCUACUUUAGGUUGGCUUUACGGGUUUAUUUGGGCGAUUGUCCCAUUUUUUGGUCUGGGUGGGUACAUUGUCGAAGGAGCGAGAAGCUGCUCACUCAAAUGGACACAAGACACUUUGGAAGGCAAAAUUUUUAUAUUGGCUUUGCUAUUCGGGUGCUUUGUUUUGCCUCUAGCCAUCAUUGUGACUUGCUUUGUUUGCAUUCACGUGAAUACAAAACGCACCUUACAGGGAGGCAUACUGAAGAAAAGCCCAAAGAAGAGCAGAAACUUAAAAGCAGUCCAGCAAGGCAAUGCUAAACUUUGUUUCUUCAUGUCCUUUUCAUUUAUUGCCGCGUGGACACCAUACUCGGUAGUCGCGGUCAUUAUCAGUCUCUCUGGAUAUGAUGCUGUUCCAGAAAUCAUGCUGUUAGUUGCUGCGUUUAUGGGAAAGUGUUCUGCUAUUUUUAAUCCAUUGAUUUUCUUCUAUAUCGAUAAAGCAGCCAGGCCGUAUGUGCGAAGGAUUCUUCAGUUAGGCAACAUUUACAGUCGAUAUUCGAAAAGACAUUUAAAGGAUAGUGGAAGAUCGACAAUUUCUAACUACUCAACCCAGUUGUCCACUUUUCGUUAUAGUUCCAGAGAAAAAGCAAGCAUAGCCUCAACGGGUUUCAGCAAAAGAGAGAAGCGCUAAUAAUCGAUUGAAGUUUGAGUCAGAUAUCGACUGGAUCUUAAUGAACCAAGUCUUUUAUUUACAAGAAACUUGCACUGGUCGUUUUAACUCUCUCGUUCGUUUCAAUUCUCGUACUUUGCCUAACCUGACAAGUAUGAACUGAGAUACCUCUGCUAACUUUAAAUGAUAGCCUUUUAUUUUUCAUCAUGUCUCCAGAUCUUUAUUAUUAUUCAAAUAGAUAAAUAUUUCAUUAAAGUUCAUUAAUAUUUUGUGCGCCUUAAGAAAGUAUUUGACUGACAUUUGUGCUUACUUGAAUCGGUAUUUGCUUGCCUAAAGCCUUCUUUGCUAAAGAAUAACGAAAAAAUCGCACGAUUGUCAGCUGCAAAGUAUUAAUUUGGUUUCAAUUGAAUUGAAUCUACCUUAAAUGUUUAUUUUUAGCCAAUUUUCGUCAAUUAUCUGUGGCAGCUUUCAGUUUCUAGUCAUUCAAACAUUUUGUUCAAGACUAUGUUGAUAAGUUACCCCAAAGAUAAAGCCAAUACUGUAAUAUUUGCUUUUUUAUAUUGUAAAAUGCUACAGUAGUGCCCCAGUUGUGGAUCGAAAUAUAUUUCCUAGCGUAGAGUUUUCGAUCUAUGUUCUGACGUUUUAAACUCUGAAGAGUGUCAGUCUGUCAGACGAAAAGCUUUAGUUUACUCAAAUGUUUGCUUUUUUCAGAGCCAUUUUUAAGUUUUGUGCCACCAAAAGAUUGAUUACAACAGUUUAUUUAAACCAAAAUGAUAUUAUAGUAAUUCUGUAAUGAUAUUGAAAUGUCAGCGAGUUGGUACGUAACUUACUAAUAUUUGUCUUCAAGAUGUAUACAACAAAGUAUUUAAACCAGAGUGAUAGUCUACUGAUAUUGCGGUGAUAUUACAAUGUCUGCAAAAUGCUACGUAUCUUUGUGACAUUUGUAUUCAUUGUUCGGCGUAUGCAACGAAGUACGAAAGCUAGGCUAAUCAGUGCGAUAGUCGGAUAGUGUUACUUCGUAUUUUCUGUGGUAGAAUUUUUGUGAAACGAAAUAUCCUGUUGCAGCACGUUUAUACCUGCACUUAAUAAAGACCACAGUUUGUGCUAUAGAGUUCUUUAUAGAAAGAGCCGUGCACGAUUUUGUGUUAAAAACAGGACUGUCCCUGGGUAUGUAUGGAGCAGCUUGCCUGUUUUCAUUACAUUGUUUGUACAACUGAUGUUUGUACAACGUUACAGUUACUUCUUUUGUUAAGAUAUCGAUAAAUCUUUGUCUAUUUACAUGUACUAUUCAAUGAUAAGGCUUGUUCACACAGCUGAAAGGCUAUUACACACGUUGGAACUACACCAUUUCCAUUCUUGUCAAUAUUUUACAUGAUAAGAAUACACAAUUUUUGGACCCAAUUUACGUAGAGCAUUUGUCUCCAUUUGCAAUAUCUUGGAAACCGUGUGCGUUUAAAAAUUUAUUAGAAAAUUCGAAUUCAUCUUUGUCAUUGUCGGCACCUCAUCAUUUUUAUGCUUAUCAAUCCUUCAUUCUCUAAAAAGAAACUUUGAUGUCUUGAAAACCUUUGUGUUUGUUGUGUUUGAGAGCAGAUGUUAGUAGUUAGCUAGUGAAUCAGCCCAGCCUUUACUGCUAAAGUGGUAUGCGUUGAAUGCAUUCUUAAAUUCGAACGCUCCUACCAACCUUGAAGGCACCAUGUCUCGACGCAUUUCGCUGGCCAUUUAAACUUCCUAUUGGUUGGAAUUUACAAUAGAGCUAUUGUUACGUAUCCAAUCAGCUAAUUCUCAAUGUUUUCUCGAUCAUAAACACGCUGCAAAGCCUAUUGUUAAUUCUGAACGGUUGAUUGAUGGGACAAGCUGCCUUUAAAGAAAAAAUCUUCAUUGAUGGAAAUACGCCUGGUAUUGUUUAUAUCGUUAUGUAGCUUCAUAGUGUCUUAGUGAUCUUAGCAGAUACUGCGUUUUUAACCGUAUCUAACACCCAUUGGACUUUGUGCAAAGAAUUCAUAAGCGUUUUGAUGUAUGGGGCAAUGCCUUCAAGUUUUUACUAUAAUCUGAAGUAAUGCAACGUUGGUCAGUGCUAGCAUAGAGCGAUCAAAAGUCUUGUUGAGCGGUAACAUAUAUGCGUUGUCAACUGGCGAAAUGCUGGAAACUGCUAGAACGCUCCUUCGUCGCCCGUAAAAGGUUUAUGUCACUCAUUUCAUACAAAGUAUUUUAACACGAAGCACUUAGUGAAUUGACGUCUUUGCAGCAGAAAUAAAAUAUAGACAAGCAGAAUCUUCUCUGUGAAUCGCUUUCGAGAUCAUUUUACUGUAAAUUGUUUGAUUUUUUCAUGUAAUAUUGCAAAACAAUUCUCGAAUAUUAUCAAGUUUCAAGUAUGCAAAUUGUUCCAUUGCCUUUAUCUGUGCAUCUUUCUGCAUAUACUUUAUGUUUUCGAUAAGUGAAUUUCGUGCAUGUGUGUGGCUUCCAGUUGCAGGCUUUGAGAAAAAUAAGUUAUUUCUAUACAAAUACUCGUGAUUGCGCAUCGUGUAACAUCGUGUGACAUCCAUUUUGUAAUUAAUAAAAAUCCAACGAAAGUAUAGUUUAUAAUUCUAUACUUUCUCAAAUUUUGACGAAAUAAGUAAUUAUUUAUUAAUUAAUCUAAAUUUAGCUAAUGCCAACUAAACAAAUAAUACAAGUCUAAAUUAUACUAACUAACGCUACAACAAGCUUAAAUUUUGAAUAGAAUUUUUUUAAUUUGUUUUUUAACAUGAUUGGGAAUCUUCAAUCUCAAGCGACAGGGACUGCCAAACUUUGUUUGCAUGUAGACCUUUAAGUAUCAAUGCCAUAUAUACUAUUGCUAACUCUAAGCAACGCUACUGAAAGGAGAUGUUAGAUGAAUUUUCAAGGCAGUUUUGAAUUACUAGAUUUCUGUUAUGGAUGCAGAUGAUUCGAUUGCAGUUUCUUGGGAUUUUUCUCAUUUUAAGUCUAUAUUCUUUCGAUUUAAAGAUGAAGGUCCUUGAUGCUGCAAGUAAUUUAUGUAGUUUUGCAAGUGAUUUAAUAGACACUGUGUGGCUGCACAUCAUCAGUUCCCAAAAUGCAACCAAUUUUGAAGCGGAAUGGGGAAGAAAUACGGCGAAGAAAUCACGUGCAUACUAAAAUGACCAUAGCUGCUUCAUGUGAGUGGGUUGAGAGCCGCAAAAAACUAUUGUCACGCAGAAAUAUGUUAUAAUUGCUAUAAACUGUUGUCAUAUAUAUAAUGUUAUAGUAUGUUCUGAUGAUAAGAUCGGCAUUUUUUA